GUCUAAUUAUAUUCACGCUUUGAGUGUUCUCAACAAAGGGCGCCUUGUUUGGUGGUUGUUUAUACACACCGAAGCACAUCUGAAUUUCUCCAUUCAUUGAAGUGGAACGGCUUAUGUCGAUUUACUUUGUAUAAGUCUUAAGGACUGCACUAAUAGAUACAUUUACACUUUAACUUACUUGAGAUCUGGGAUGUCAAAUAAUAAAGUGUUUACUAAUUCUAAAUUACUAUAGGUACUAUAUAUUUAUAUAUAGUGUGGGCUAAUUUAUGCUGAAAGGUACGAUAGAGCAGGUUAGACAACUCUUUGCUAGGUUUAACCACUUGAUGGGGUUACUAUACAUUUAGAUUUGUGAUCCACAUUGUCAAGAGUUUUAAAACUUGACAAACUAGAGGCCUUUGGCUACAGAAAUGUCAGGACAUAACUAUAACAUCUUAGCAGCUUCGAAGAACAGCUCAGAGAUACCAUCUACUGUGUCACCUGGAAUAGAUUUAUACAGAGCGUCCUUCAAUGACUCGGAACUAAUCUACGAUUGGUGUCAUAGAUCUCAGAGUCUUAGUGAAAUUUUGAGAGACCACCAGCUCCCUCUAGUGGUAAAGCUUUGCAAUGACAACACUGUCAAAGAAAACGAAGCUCCUAUUGACCUCCAGCAGCCGUUGUUGCUUUACAAGGAAGUCAGAGGAAUCAAGCUUCACGCUAGAAGCAUAACCUCCAGACCCGCAUCACAUGAUUUAAACAAGACCGUCUACAGUCCAGUUGGACCAGACAUCACCUUUGCAGACAUAUACGCUGGUUUCUUUAAAGACCUAGACACCAAGGAUCAUCAUUUACUGACCAUCGCGGACGUAACUCGAGUGAUGCCCAAGUCAUUUUUAAGCAGCAAGGAAUGUGAUGGUUUCUUGAGCAUUCAACAACUAGAGGGAGACCUGUUUCAAAAGACGACUUUACCACUUGGAUUAUAUCGCCCUCGGAGUGUUCUAGAAGACACCAUUGCCUAUACAAAUAAACGCAAGUCACACAAGAAAAAGUUAGUUCGAUGUUUGAAAUGCGAAGACGAGCGAGGCAAACAUGUUCUGUUUCCUCUGGAGGCAAAGGGCAUCUUUUACAUAGCAGAACUCAAUGCUGCUUUUGUUAAAACCAGCCUCCAAGUCAGCCAGUCCUGCAGGAUCUACAAAUGGACAGAUUUUGAUGUCAAGAAAAUCAAGGGCAUGCGAGUACGUCUGAUGCAUGGCAGUCCUCCACAACAAGAGUGUCAGUUCACAGGUCUUAUGGAGUUGAGUCACGUGAGUGACGAGCAUACAGUGGUGGUGUCCACCAUGAAUUCGGCGCCCAGACUCUUUGAAAUGGCAGUGACCUCGGAGCCUUUCUUCACCGUGGCGCUCAACACUAAGGAUUUUGAACUCAGUGACCAGCACCAGAAAAGUUUGAAGUUUGCGAGGCUUGAAAGUGAGAACUACAUUGGCAGGGCAAAGGUCAAGAGAGACUAUGGUAUCGAUGAGGUAGUUAGCCAAACGUAGCUGGAAAAUAUGAAAGUACUCUUGUAUGUAAAUAGUGUAUACACUGCAUGCAUUGUGUUUUUGUUUUGCGAAUAUUUAAUGCAGCUUUGGUUUCUAUUAUUGGUUUACAUUGUGAAAUGUUGUUCUGAUAUUUUUGAUAAAUUUAGUUUAAGGUAAGAUGUUGUGUAAAUAUUACACUUUUUAAACAUAUUUACCACAUGAGUCAUAUAGCUCUUCAAUGUGCUAACAGUAGCCGCCUUUAUCAUUGACCAUGAUUUUCUUAAUAAAGAUGUACUACAGACCCUGGU